GGAGCCCGGCCGGGGCGAUGUGGAGCGCGGGCCGCGGUCGAGCUGCGGGCCCGGCGCUGCUGGGGCUACUGCUGGCCCUCUCGCUGUCGGGGGGCCGUGCCGCCAAGACCGACGCGGGGCUCGUGACCUGCGGGUCGGUGCUGAAGCUGUUCAACACGCAGCACCGGGUGCGGCUGCACUCGCACGACAUCAAAUACGGAUCCGGCAGCGGCCAGCAGUCGGUGACCGGCGUGGAGGCGUCCGACGACGCCAACAGCUACUGGCGAAUCCGCGGCGACACGGAGGGAGGGUGUCCGCGCGGGUCCCCGGUGCGCUGCGGGCAAGCGGUGCGGCUGACGCACGUGCUCACCGGCAAGAACCUGCACACGCACCACUUCCCAUCGCCGCUGACCAACAACCAGGAGGUGAGCGCCUUUGGGGAGGACGGCGAGGGGGACGACCUGGACCUGUGGACCGUGCGCUGCUCAGGGCUGCACUGGGAGCGAGAGGCUGCCGUGCGCUUCCAGCACGUGGGCACCUCCGUGUUCCUGUCGGUCACUGGCGAGCAGUACGGGAGCCCAAUCCGGGGGCAGCAUGAGGUGCAUGGCAUGGCCAGUGCCAGCGCCCACAAUAAGUGGAAGGCCAUGGAAGGCGUCUUCAUCAAGCCCAACCCGGAGGCCCCUGGGGGCCACGAUGAGCUCUGAGUGCUGUGGACCGGGGGGCGGAGGGCUGCGGGGGGCGUUGUCUGCAGACGACUCUCCGGGGAGACUUUGGCUUUGUAGGGGUUCUC